AUGGCGCAGGCAGAGAUUGAGAACAGCUUCACCAUUUUGCAGCCGGUGGAGGCAGAGCCCAUGUCCGUCCUGGAUCACGUGAACGACAUCAUCGCCAAGAAGAAGAAGGAAAAGAAGGACAAAAAGGAACAAUUAAAUGAGUGGGGAAAUAUGAAGAAGAAGGAAAAAACGGACGAGUUAAAGCUACAGUGGAAAUUAAUACAACAUGAAAAUUUAGCCGAAAGGAGUGAAUACCAUAAAGUUAAAAAGGAUGAAAAGAUGCCCCAGUUUUUUCAAGUCGCUACAUUAGUGAAUGGGAACGAUAAGAUAAAAGUGGGAGCUGGACAGGAAUCACAGUCGUUACAUACGUCCAACAGACGCAAGAAGAAAUGCCUGUCCGCCCUUCAGCAAUUGGAGAGAGACAAGGAUAUGAAGGAGUGGUGCGUGAAGAGGUACACGAAAAUUCAGAGGGAGAAGAACAUCGGCGGGAAGUCCUUCGUACGGAAGCAGCGAAGGCAGCUUUUAAAAAUGAAGAAGUCGUAG